UUUAUUAUUGAAAUGUUGAAAACCUAAAUUAUUAACUGUGUUUUACCUUGAUUAGCCAUUGUCUCAAUCUUGCUGGGUCAAUCAUGUUUUCUACUUUUUGAUUAUCUCUAUAGAUGACUAAUUCACAAAAACUAAUUAAUAAAUUCACAAUAAUAAUAAUAAUAAAAUUGUUGGAGUGACACUGUCAAUUGUCAAACAAUUUAUGAAGGUUUCAACUUUUCUUGAUAUAAAGGCGAAAUUGAUAAACAAUAAGUAAUUGAUUCAAAUCCGGAAAAGAAAUCGAUUAUUAACCUAAAAUAUGUUGAAUUUUAGGAAAUUGUUCACUAAAAAAUGUUCCAUAAUUGGAAUGGUUCAUGUGAAACCCCUACCAGGAACACCCCUUUUUGGAGGUAACAUUGAACAAAUUGUAACAGAAGCUCUUAGAGAAACAGAAAUUUAUUUGAAAAAUGACUUGGAUGCACUGUUAAUAGAAAAUAUGCAUGAUGUUCCCUAUAUCCAAUCACAAAAAUUUGGACCAGAAAUUACUGCUACAAUGACUCGUAUUUGCACAGAGAUCCAAAAAAUAACUCAAAAAUCUGUACCUUGUGGCAUACAAGUUUUAUCUUGUGGUAAUAAAGAAGCCCUAGCUAUAGCAAAAGCAUGUGCUCUAGAUUUUAUAAGAGCAGAAGGCUUUGUUUUCAGCCAUAUAGGAGAUGAAGGAUUUACAGAUGCUAAUGCAGGAGAACUAUUGAGGUACAGAAAAUAUAUUGAUGCCAAUGAUGUAUUAAUUUUUGCCGACAUUAAAAAAAAGCAUAGUUCGCACGCAAUCACUAGUGAUGUUUCUCUAAGUGAAACAGCAAAAGCUGCUGAAUAUUUUUUGGCUGAUGGUUUGGUACUUACUGGAACCUCAACAGGAGUUCCAGCACAUUUACAUGAACUAAAUCAAUUGAAGGAGACAACAAAUUUGCCCAUUUUCAUUGGAUCUGGUGUAACAAAGGAAAAUCUCGAGGAUUAUAUCAAAGCUGAUGCUUUAAUUGUUGGGAGUCAUUUCAAAAAAGGAGGAUUAUGGAGUAAUGAAGUUGACGAGAAUAGAGUUAGAGAGUUUAUGGAUAAAAUACGUUACUUAGGUCUUAAAACUAUGGUUAAUUAGUAAAAAAACACAAAAUAAAUAAAUAAGUUUUAAAAAACUCAUGUUUAGCUGCCUUUGAAUCCUAGAAUUCCCUUGAAUUUUGAUCCAAAUGUCUUAAAAAAGCUGCCCAUUUUACUGACAUUUUGUUCCUCAUGCUUUCUUCCAAAAACAAAAAUGUCUUUUCUCUUAGUUAACUCCACAUUUACAUUAUUACUUAAAGGUUUAAGUGUGUCAUCUCGAUUAGUUCCUGAUUCAAUUUUCCAUUCACUUGAAUUUGGAAAAUCACUAGUGUCUAUUAAGGGAAAUCCAGUGACAUUGAGAUGCUUAGUUUCUGGAUUGCUUUCCAAUUUGAUUGGAGUAGAAUUCCAAGCUGAAUGAAUGGAUCUACGCGCUUGUAUACCAUAUCCCAUCCUUGGGGUUAGCAAUGAGUCUGUGUUCUGAUUACCCUAGAAAUAAAUAGCUUACUGUAUUGAAUAAGUGUUUCUGGCUUAGACUACUUGUUUCUUAUUUUUUGAACUACCAGAAGUAAAUUUAUUAUUGAUGAAAAUUUCUUACCACAACUUUUCUCUUCUUCAAAGGUUGUCCAGGGCUAAGUCCAAUUUCAUGGUACUCAUUUACAUCUUUCCUUUUAACGGCUCGUCUAUUUGAACUUUCUUUUCUCAAAGUUUUCCUGUCUUCCAAAUAGUUUUCUAUAGAUUGGCGAAUGCAAUCAAUCCAGGCAACUGUUUCACUUAAUUGCUCAUCAUAUAAAAUAAGUUCUUCAUCUUGGCAGCUC